UUAUUUAUGUAUAAAAAGGUACCAACAAAUUGUUAUAUGCGCUCAAUAUACAUUUAUAUACCUACAUAUUAAUCAUAUUAUAGUACCUAUAGCUAUAUUAUACCGACAUUAUAUUGGUAUAUACAUAAACAUUAGGAAGGUACCAUAUAUUAUUAGAUAAUAGAUGCCAGAUGGUCUAUAAUGAUUAUGCUAUUAUAUAUGCAAAUGUAUAGUUUAGAUUUCUUAAACAAUAAUUUGUUUGGAAUUGUCAUAUUAUUACGUCUAAUAAAACAUAAAGGUGGAUAUAGUAAAAAGCUGGUAUUAUAGCAUUAAACCAAUGUAUAGAAAAUCGAAGAAACAAUAUUUCGGGCAAAAGUUCAUAAUAAACAGUUAAUACCUAUAAUACAAAGAUAAUGCGCCAAUAAUAUAUGGUUAAUAUGUUCUAAAAUAUAUAUUUAUGUCGCAGACGACGAUGAUGGUCAUCGUAGUAUUACGAUCCUCAUAAGCUGAACAAACGUCGUUUGUUCGGUUAUACGACAAUAAUAUAACAAAAUACUCAUUCAGAUAAAUGCAGAAUAGUGAUUAUCUAUCGUUUGAGUACAAUGUACUUCAGGCUAUCGGUGUGUUUCCUUCAACGAAAUGGACGAAAUGGACACAGCGGGUUUUCAACUUUUACCGGGCAAUCUUUUUUAUUUUCUUAGCCUUGAUCACGUUUCUGAUGACGGUCCAGAUGUUCAUCGCUACCGACCUGACACUGUUGGCAAGGACUAUAGACAUUUGGACUAUGUUCUUCACGGGCCUUUACAAAUGGUUUUACAUGACGAUGUUUAGCGGUGAAUUUUCCAAGCUCAAAACAGCACUGACGCAAAUACAAACUCAAGGAUCUGCGGCGUACGGCCGCUCGGCCGACGCGUUUACGGCCACCUAUUUAAAGCAAACGCGAAAGAUCAGCUCUUGGUAUCUGUUCAGCGGUAUGGUCGCGGCUUCUUUCAUCAUCGUCAGCCCCUUGUUGACCUAUCCAAAGGGUGAUCGAUCAUAUUUUCAAUACUACAACGAUCCAAGAAGCUACCCAUUAACCUGUUGGUUACCAUUCGAGUUGAACGAAAAUUGGAUAUUUUUAGUGGUUUUUGUCUGCCAGUCUAUUGCGUUAGUGUUCGUCGUAAACAUAUACUUGGGAAUUGAUGCGUAUUUGUUUGGCGCUAUUUAUGCUGUAGGCGGUCAAAUUGAAUUACUAAAUACAUCUCUAAAUAAUAACGAAAUCAUUUUGGCACAAUUCGAAAAUUCUUCAUGUACCAAUCAGAUUUCAAUGUAUACUGAAAAACAACAAAUACGCUGCUACUCGACACUCCGAGAAUGUGUAAAACAUCAUAUUCUAAUCCUUGAUUAUAUAACAAAUAUACGUAAACUGUUUAGCACACUUAUAAUUAUGGACUAUUUACAUGGAAUAACCUCGGUGACAUUUGCAUUAUUUCAGUCAACGAUCAGUGCCAGCAUAAUUGAAACAAUCAGUGUGAUAUGUUUCAUUUGUAUAAGCAUUUGGCACCAAUAUCUCAACAAUUUUUUUGGCGAAUUCAUCAUACAAAAACAAUUAAGUGUUUGCACGUUAUCGUAUAACGUUCCUUGGUGGAGAUGUGACAAAAGGAUACGACAAUUACUGGCGUUAAUGAUUUUGAGAUCUAUUAAACCAACUUUUAUCACAGGAUUUUAUAUGUACAAGUUAAGUUACGAGUCAUUCAUUUCGUUUAUAAAAGCAUUAUACACUUACUACAUGGUAUUGAGGCGAGUCAACGUCAAAGACAAAAAUGCAUGAGGUCAGAUUUAAAUUUUAAAAAAAUAGUUGUUAAAUCGGUUUUAUGUUUUUUAACAAGUAACAUUUGUAACAACUUAUUAGGUAUGAUAUUUUAGUUACAUAAUAUUGUAUAUUAUUUAUAUUCUUAUUAUUAGUUUAUUAAUUUAGGCAUUAAA